AUGGCAGAGACUGCAGUAGCUUAUGUACUCAAAGAGCUGUCCUCCUUUCUCCUGCAUCAGGGCACUAAUUUGGGAGGAGAACUUCAAAGAGAAGUCGAGCAAGUGCGCGAAGUUGCUUAUGACACAGAAGAUGUUCUUGAUGAAUUCAUACUGCGUUUUGCUCAUCAUCAAGCUCAUGGCUUCCAUGGCCGUGUUCAAAAAAUCUAUUACUCAAUCAAGAAUCUAAGGGCUCGCUGUAGGAUUUCUUCCGAGAUGAAAAAUCUGAAGUCCAGAGUAAUUGAUAUUUCUGAAAGACACAAGAGAUAUCAGCCCAUAUAUGGUAAUCAGGAAACCUGCUCUAGUUCCGCUGCAGGCUCUAGUUCUACUUCUGCUGCAAAUCUAGACAAUGACAUUCGUGAGAUUUCAAUCCUUCUUGAAGAAGAUAAACUUGUCGGCAUCAAAACACCCAAAGAAGAGCUCAUUUCACGUGUCCUAAAUAAUGAUUCCCACCUUAAAGUAAUUGCUGUUGUGGGGAUGGGAGGGCUCGGGAAGACCACCCUGGUGAGAAAAGUCUUCGAAGAUACAGCUGUAAAAACGCAAUUCAAGAUCCAUGUUUGGUUAACUAUUUCUCGAACUUUUGAUAUCAUGGUGAUUCUCAAGACCAUGAUUCAUAAAAUUUUUUAUGAGAUCAAUGAACCAGUCCCUCAUCAACUGAUGAAUUCUACAGAUAUCAUAAGGCUGAGUGCAUUUGUCAAAGACUUUCUCCAAGAUCGAAGUUACAUUCUUGUCCUUGAUGAUGUGUGGAGUGAACGUUUGUGGGAUGCUCUUAAAAAUGUAUUGCCGGAUGGCAAUUUUCAUGGUCAAGCUAUAUUGACCACACGGAUAAUUCAUGUUGCCAAAGCAGCUCGUUUUGGAUCACAUAACUAUAGCCACUGGAUGAAGCCUCUUUCUGUAAAGGAUUCCUGGACACUUUUCUGCCACACAACAUUUCAAAGCGAUCACUGUCCUCCACAUCUACAGCAAGUUUCAGCAAGAAUAUUGAGGAAAUGUGAGGGCCUGCCCCUUGCAAUUGCCACUAUUGGUGGGGUAUUAGCUCUCAAAGAUAAGGACAGAAUAAAUGAUUGGGAAACGAUUCUUCGUAACCUUGGUGAUGAACUUGAUGCUAGUGGUAAACUUGAUCCAAUCAAAAGGAUACUCCUUCUUAGUUACAAUGACUUGCCCCAGAAUCUCAAAAACUGUUUCUUGUAUCUAAGCAUUUAUCCUGAAGAUGCCUUAAUAGGUGUGGAUGAUAUGCUUGACAAAUGGAUUACACAAGGAUUUGUGGAAGAGAAAGAAGGAAUGUCAACUUUUGAUAUCGCUAAUCGGGGCUUCCAUGAACUUGUCAACAGAAGCUUAGUCCAAGUGCUAACAGCAAAUUGUGAUGGAAUAAAAUGUUUUCGAGUUCAUGAUUUUUUGCGUGACAUGAUUGUUUCUAAAAGCAGGGAACAGAAUUUCAUAACAAUAGCCGUAGGAAAUUACAGCGGGCAAAGCUCUAAUAAAGUUCGACGGCUAGCACUAUAUGAUUUUGAUAAUCCAGAACCCCAGGAGCUGACCCACUGCUUUAAGAGUCUUCGGUCUCUGGAAUUCUUAAGGUACAAUGGCCGUAUAUCAGGACCGGUGGUAUCCAAGUUUUUAUGUGGUGGUUCUAAGUUGAUAAAGGUGUUGGAUUUGUCGGAGGCACCAUUGGAAGAUAUCCCAAAGGAAGUUUUCAAAUUAUUCCUUCUUAAAUGUCUCUGUCUUCGAAGAACAAAAGUUCGGAUCGUCCCCAAAUCUAUUGGGAAGCUUCAGAAUCUUGAAAUUUUAGAUCUAUUUUACACUAAUGUAACAAAGAUCCCAGUGGAAAUUCUGAAGCUGAGGAAACUUCAUGUCCUUUAUGUAGGUCGAAUAGAAAUAUCUGCAGAAUAUCACGGUCUACGUGGCUUUAAAUCCCCAGAUAAAAUUGGAAAGCUUCUUUCCCUGGAGAAUUUGCAGGCUAUAGAGGCAGAUAAUGAGAAAAUUUUGAGAGAAAUAGGGAAGCUAACGAAAUUGAGAUCGUUAAGCAUUACAAAGCUAAGAAGAGAAGAUGGCAAGGAGCUCCUUUGCACUCUGGAGAAGCUCACCAAUCUUAAAACAUUGGUUGUCCAGUCAAUUGAAGAUGAUAUGACCCUUGAUCUACGGCAUCCCAUUUCUCCGACGCCUCGACUUCUCGAAAUUCUUUCGUUGCAGGGGCACAUAGGGAAUAUACUACAAUGGGUAUUAUCUCUCCAAAGCUUAACCAAUUUAGUUUUGGACAACAGCGGAUUAAGGGAGGAUGAUGGAACAAAAGGGAUAGGAUCCCUUCAAGAUUUACCCAAUCUGCUAGAACUUACCCUCCAACAUGCUUAUGAAGGUGAGAUGCUACUUUUUAGGGCAGGAGGGUUUCGAAAGCUCGAGAAAUUGUCCAUUACAAGUUUAGAAAGGUUGAAAUGGCUGAAGGUGGAAAAUGACACCCUGCCUAGUCUCCAAAGGCUAAGCAUGACAGACUGUAAACUACUAGAGGAGUUGCCUUUGAGCGCUGAAAACUUGAGGAAGCUGGAAUCCCUUUUUUUGGUGGAUAUGUCUGAUGGAUUGGUAGAGAAAGUGAUGAAUUUGGCUGAACAAAGCGAGCUGCAUCAAGCUCUAAAGAACAUCCCUAUAGUUCGCAUAUCUCGCCUUAAAUGUAUGGAAAAUAGCAGAGUGCGAACCUUUGUCCCAUAG